UUGUAGAGGAAGCAAAGAGUGAUAAAAGCUCAAGGCAAGCGAAAAGCAAAACCACUCAGACGAAGAAGACGAAGAAGAGGAGGCAAGCAAGCAAGCAAGCACAGGAAGACGAGACAUGGAUCCGAAGCUGACAGAGGUGGCGCAGCUCUUCGAGCGGUUCAAAGCGGCAUUUGUGCGGAACGAUUUCGAUACCUGCUCCAAUUUCCUCUCCCAGCUCAAGGUCAAGCUGACUGAAUUCAGAAGCCUACCGCCCUUGUUCGAAGACACUCCUAAUGCGAUUCGUGAAUUAACAUUAGCAAGGGAUAUAUAUGAGCAUGCUGUUGUUCUUAGUGUGAAGAUUGAGGAUCAGGAUGCAUUUGAAAGGGAUUUCUUUCAGUUGAAGUCCUAUUACACAGAUGCUCGUGACCGUCUUCCACCAUCCCCUCAAGAGUACCCAAUUUUAGGUCUCAACCUGUUGAGACUCCUUGUCCAGAAUAGAAUUGCUGAGUUCCACACUGAACUGGAACUGCUUUCAUCCGCUGCUUUGGAGAACCCUUGCAUUAAGCAUGCUGUGGAGCUGGAGCAAUCUUUCAUGGAGGGGGCUUACAACCGUGUUUUGAGUGCUAGGCAGACAGUGCCACAUGAGACUUAUGUUUAUUUUAUGGAUCUCCUGGCGAAAACAGUCAGAGAUGAGAUAGCUGGAUGCAGCGAGAAGGCAUAUGAUUAUCUCUCCAUUAAGGAUGCACGUCAGAUGUUGCUGUUCCCUUCUGACCGUGACCUUUUGGCAUAUGUGGAGGAGGAUCAUCCUGAGUGGGAAGUAAAGAAUGACGCUGUCUAUUUCCAGAAGGCAAAGGAGACUGCUCCUUGCAAGGAGAUACCUUCUCUACAGCUCAUCAACCAAACGCUCAGCUAUGCGAGAGAGUUGGAGCGGAUUGUUUAAAAAUGCUGCGGCAUUGUGGUUGUUUGUGUUGUUAUCACGACACCCAACAUCUGUUGCUCAUACUUUUCACUUUCAAAAUUUUCUUCUCAAUUUAGUACGAAGACUCAAAAUUUGUCUACUAUUGUACUCUAGUUUGACCACUCUGGUGGCAAUAUUUUUCAGCAUUUAUGUUCUUCGCGUUUUCAUUAAUCAGAUGGUACUUUUGAUUACUUGAAAUGGUUCUGUUUAUGUGCUGGAAAAAGAAAUAGAGAAAGCUCAAGAGCAGUGCUUGAGUGUGUGACUUUUACCUGUU